AUGCUGCUGAAAAUUGGGAAUCAUCGCGAGGUCAUCAGUUUCAAUGUCACCCAACUGUCAGACACGCCCAUAGUGUUAGGCAUGAGUUGGCUGGAUAGACACAGCCCAUCCUUGGCGUGGUACCAGCGGCAGCUCACCUUUGGCUCGUCCUACUGUGCACAACAUUGCAUCCAGAUCGGCCAGGACGAGGAGGGCCAGGAGGAAGGGCAACAGCUGCAUCUAGGCAUGGUGCAGGCAGUGCCCCACAA